AUGCCAUAAUUUUUUUAAACUACAUAAAAUCUUGUCUUAAAAUUUCGUGAUAUUGCAAUUGAUCAAUUAGACAUCUUUGGUCAACCUCCAAAUUUUUUAGUGUUGAACAGGUAGAAAUAUAAUUCAAUGGUUGGAUUAAUAACAACCAUCAUGAUAGGUACUGUCACUUUAAUUUAUUUAACAAAUGAAUUGGCCUCCAUGUUAUACAAAGCUGAGCCAUCUGUAGUCUCAUCAGAAAUUCAAGUUUUUGAUACUUAAGUAAAGUAGAGUCCAUAUUUAAUUAGACAUACCCAUUAUUUAAUGAUAACUUUACUUUAGCUAUUUCUGCGACAGAUAGUAAAGGAUUUCAACUUAAUGGUUUAGGAAAAUAUUAUAAUAUAUCAAUAUUUCAUUGUAUUAGAAGUAGAUAAAAAAAUGAGACAAAUGGACAAGUUAUAGUCACUGUAGAGUAAUUUAUACAAAUUUAUAUCUUCUAAGAUGUUAACUCCUUCCAACAGAAACUUGUAAUAUGUCACAUUUUAUUACUGAAUAAUAAAGUGAUUAUUUUAGUAGAAUGAGAUUAGGGACAAUGCAAUGUAUUAAUAGAGAAUUUCUUAAACAAAAUCCACCAGUAAAUCUUAUUAACUAUAUUUAAAAGCCAUUAUAAGGAUAAUUAAAUGCUAUGGUCUAUCAAUAUCUCAAAAUAUAAUUCACUGUUUGUUAAAACUCUACUGAAUAUAUGAAUUGUGCAUAACCUGAAGAAAUAACAUCCAAAUUAAUGUCUGGACAUUAUGUUGUUUAUACAAGUGAUUACUUAAUGUAACUCAAUAACCCAACUGAACCAUAUAAAUAAAUUAUUAAUAGUGAAUUCUCAGGCUAUUCUGUAUCAACCUCUAAAAUUAUUAAAUAAUAUUUCAGAAUUAUUCAAACUACUAGUGAUGAUGGUUGGCUUUUAUCGAAUAUACAUGUUAAAGAAAAUCUUAAAUAAUAAGAAUGGAGAGAAACCACUGAAUUAUAUAAUGGUGAAUAUAUUGUAGAACAUUAUAUUGCACUUGAUUAUAGGUAAACCAAUUAUACCAGAAAUUAUGUUAAAAUUCAAACUGUUUUAAGUAGAUUAGGUGGUAUUUGGCAAAUCUUUAUUAUUAUCAUGGCUUCUAUCAUUAGACCUAUCAUUAAUACUCUUAUGCAUUUAGAUAUUGCCAACAAAAUAUUUCGUUUUUAAUUUCAAAAAUAAGAAAUAAAUCUACAAACUAAAAAUAAUACUCAAAUUAUUGAUAUCUAAAAUAAUGAUGAUAAAAUCAAUAUUUUUAAUUUCAAUAACCAAAAUUCAUAAUUACCUAAUGAUAUCACUUCCAAAAUGUUUAUUUUAUUCGGAUGUAAAAAUUAAAAAAAAAUGUUAUUCAAUAAUGCCAAAAAUUAAAUUAUGCAAAACUUAGAUAUUAUUAAUAUUAUUUAAAAAUUAUAAGAAAUUGAUCUUAUUAAAUAAAUCAUUUUAACCAAAGAAUAAUAACAACUUUUUAAUCUCAUACCUAAACCACUUAUUCAUUUGAAUAAUAAUAAUUCUGAAAAAAAUAAUAUUAAAACUAACAAUAUUGAAUAUAUUAAUCAUAUUAAUUAAAUCUCUCAACAUAAUAAUAAAUUUUCAAUAUAUUUAGAAUCAUAUCUAAAAAUCAUUACAUCCAAAGAGAAGAAUUUCUUAGAUGAAAAAAUUAUUCAUUUAUUGGAUAAAUAAACUUUAGCUUUCUUUGAAAAAUAAGUUGGAUAAUUAAAUAUAUCAAAUAUCUCUAAAUCCCCUGGCUUUUUAGAGAGCAAAGAAGAUGAUAUCAACGAACCAAUACCAUUAUUACCAAAAUGA